CGUUGGUGAAAAAAGAUGCCGGACCAUUGAAUCAUUCACCCUCUUCUCUCCCCCCUCAGCCGUCAACCGUAGCUCUGCACUCCUCUUUGGCUCUCUCAAUCGUCUCUCUUGGCUCUCAUUCCGUGAAGCUCCUUCGGUUCAUCUUUUCUCAUUGCUUCUACUGAGGAGAUAAAUCGGAAAAAACGUCACAAUGAGGAAUGCAAGUAAGAGGAAGAGAGAACCCCAACAUGGACCACAACAAAACAAGAAACAUUCCACGAAACCACCUUCUCGAUCUCAAGCUAACCCUAAGCCCCACGAGGAGUACUUCGAGGAGAAGCGCAACUUGGAAGAUUUGUGGAGAGAAGUUUUCCUUGUUGGAACAGAGUGGGAUCAAUUGGAUUCUGUAUAUCAGUACAAGUGGAGUUUCUCUAAUCUGGAAGAUGCAUUUGAAGAGGGCGGUGUUCUACAUGGGAAAAGGGUUUACCUUUUUGGUUGCACUGAGCCUCAACAAGUCUGCUUUAAAGAUGUAGAAAAAGUUAUCUUCGUACCUAUUAUUGUCGCUGUAGUAUCACCUUUCCCACCAUCUGAUAAAAUUGGGAUUACCUCUGUUCAAAGAGAGAAUGAAGAGAUUGUUCCCAUGAAACAAAUGAAAAUGGAUUGGAUCCCAUAUAUGCCCCCAAAGGACCGAUUGAAGUCUCAAGUAUUUAUCUUGAGUUGCACCCAAAGGAGGUCUGCUUUAAAACAUCUAAAGUUGGAACAAGUAAAAAAGUACGAGUACUGCUUGCCAUAUUUCUACCAUCCAUUCAAGGAAGAUGAACUUGAACAAAGUACCGAGGUUCAAAUAUUGUUUCCAACAGAGCCGAAGCCGGUCUUUGGUACAUUUGAUUGGGAGUUUGACGAUCUUGAGGAGUUCACUAAUGCUGUCAUACAAGAUGAGGAAUUAUCAGCAGAUCAAAAAGAUGCCUUCAAGGAAUUUGUCAAGGAAAGAGUACGUGAAGCAAAGAAAGCUAAUAAAGAGGCAAGGGAAGCUCGGAGAAAAGCCGUUGAGGAAAUGAGUGAGGAAACUAAAGCUGCAUUUGAAAAUAUAAGAUUUUACAAAUUCUAUCCUGUGCAAAGUCCAGAUGCUCCUGAUGUGUCAAAGAAGUGUGAAGUCAUUAACAGGUAUUAUGGAAAGGCUCAUGAGUAUCUGUGAUUUGCUCCCAGACGACGAUGUUGACGGCUUAAAACUUUUCAUGCUUGUUUUGCGUGUAGCUAGAAGUGGUCUGGUUGUUGUUUACCGUAGUAUCAUCUCAGUGGCGUAGUUAUUAAGAUCGAACAGGUAAUUAACUCUAUCAUAGUAUUGGGUCAUUGGAUUACUAGUGCAACCAUUGAAUCACUAAUUGAUCUGUUAGAUCGGUUAUAAUUAAAUAGGUAUAUAUAAUUAUAUUUCAUUCUUUUCAUAA